AUGCAGGCUUACUUACUUUCUCGGCAUUUUAACACCAAGUUGCUGGACAACUCCACAGCUUGUCCAGCUGUGGACAACUCCACAGCUUGUCCAGAAAAUGCUACUAUUUGCAGUGGUACAUCUUGUGUGUUACCAGAAGAUAAUUUUAACCAGACUUUGAGUGUAGUUUUAAGUACUGUUCUAACAAUCAUGCUGGCUUUGGUGAUGUUCUCCAUGGGUUGCAAUGUGGAAAUUAAAAAAUUUUUGCACCACAUAAAAAGACCCUGGGGUAUUUUUGUGGGCUUCCUCUGUCAGUUUGGAAUUAUGCCUCUCACAGCCUUCUUGCUGUCACUGGUCUUUAAUGUGCUUCCUAUUCAAGCUGUUGUGGUGAUGAUCAUGGGAUGCUGUCCAGGAGGCACAGCCUCUAAUAUCAUCGCCUACUGGGUGGAUGGUGACAUGGACCUAAGCAUCAGCAUGACAACAUGCUCCACACUUCUUGCAAUGGGGAUGAUGCCACUCUGUCUUUUUGUUUAUACUAAGACGUGGACUGAUUCUGAUGCAAUUGUACUCCCCUAUGACAGCAUUGGAAUUUCACUGGUAGCUCUUGUAGUUCCUGUUUCAGUUGGAGUAUUUGUUAACCAUAAAUGGCCCAGUAAAGCAAAAAUAAUACUUAAGGUUGGUUCCAUAGCGGGAGCAAUUCUCAUUGUCAUCAUUGCUGUGGUUGGGGGAAUACUCUACAAAGGCUCAUGGAUUAUCACACCUAAGCUAUGGAUCAUUGGUACCAUAUUUCCAGCAGCUGGCUAUUCUUUGGGAUUCUUUCUGGCUCGUCUCGCUGGUCUGUCUUGGAGCAGAUGUCGUACGGUCUCUCUGGAAACAGGCAUGCAAAACACUCAGCUAUGUUCAACAAUUGUACAGCUCUCCUUCAGCCCUGAACAACUUGAACUGAUGUUUACUUUCCCACUCAUCUACAGCAUUUUCCAGCUGUUGUUUGCACUAAUGAUUUUAGCAGGCUACCGUGUUUACAUAAAACACUGUGUCAAAACUAAUACGGACGUUGAGAAAACAGAAGAAAGAGAUGAUUCUAAAUCAAUUUCGUCACGUGCUAAAGAAAAUGGAGGAUUUGUAUCAGACGAGACAAAAUAGCCAAUGCCCUCUCUGUUUCAACCAGCUGAAAAGAUGAAAGAUAUAUGGUUUACUUAAAACUUGUUUUCAGAUGCUAUUGCUUUAUAUUUUUGCUAAAUAUUUAGCAAA